CUUCCUUAUAUCUAUUUCUAUCAGAUUAGCCAGACACACACCAUACUCAUCCAAACCGCAGGAGAUAUCUUUGAUUUGAGAUAUUCAAGUGGCAAGAAUAAUUCUCAGACUCUCAACAUGACAACAGCACAGCCGGUCGCACCACACACUGAACUUGUCACUCCGGCCUACAAACCACAAGAGAUCUCCUUCCCACUACCAAAAGCACUCCAUACAACCGCACACGUCCAUUUGACGAUCCUAGAGACGUGCGUCACAGUAUUCCUGGCUACUACGACACCAGGCGAGCCCGGAGGCUCCCUGAAGCCGAUGGGGAGUUUCAUCUACGCCAUGCCUGAUGUAACGCCAUACCCCCGUUCGGUCAUAUCAACUGUGUUAUACUCCUCCCCCUCGACGGAGGAAUAUACAUCCCGAGUCGCCAAGAUCCUAGCCCGACGGAUGAGCCUCCCUGUCUACGUGGGCUGUAGCAUCGAUCCUCGGGCCCUCGAGUUGGCCGUUGAGGAGGAGAUGGAGGGAUUGAGUAAGUUGGUGGAGGUAAUUAUGGAUAGGUGGGAGAAGACGAAGAAUCAAUCCAAAAUAACUGGAUGAUAUCUCUGGUCGCUGUCUGUCUCCAAUCUGCAUUUUUGGAUUGCCAUGAUAAGAUCGCAUGCUACUAAUGCUGCCUUAUAUGGCACGCAUAUGGGGCUUGUCUCACGGUUCUAACCGAGGGUGCGCGGUGAGUGGUGACUGUCGGUGGUCAGCUGGUCACUAUCUAGCCUACUGCUUCUCGUUGAGACUCGAAACCCAGAAAUGGUCUAAUCUGCGUAUCGCCG